UUUGUCUAUUAUUUUGAAGAAAUUAAGACUGAAUGAAAGUUGUUUGCCUAAUGAAACGUGUAUUCUUUUUGCAGUUCUUACUGUUUUCUAUAUAUGUUUUGUUGUAUAUUUAUUCUGAAGUUUAAGUUAGAAAAGAACUUUAUGAGAGAGGAAAACAUCUUUGAAACAUUUACGAACCCCGACGAGUAUAGCUAUGAUUUUCUUUUUUUUUCUUUUUUAAUUUAAACGAUCUCCUUCUGCCGUUUCUCGACUCACAUUUUACGCCAUUGCGAUAAGAAGUUUUUCUUCUUUUCAGCCGAACGAGAAAAGGGGAAAAAGGACGAAAUUGCCCAGGCUUUGAAACCGAUACUGUUUUGUUCGAAUAAAAACAAAACAAAGUUCAAUAUUGAACGCAGGUUUUAAGGAAUGUACAUUCCGGGAUAAUUGUAAAAUUGGUCUUUUUCUCGUCGACCGGUCGGCAAAGGCGGCAAAAAUAGACAUGAUAAGACACGGCGGAACGAUUGGAUCAACAGGGAGACAGAGAUACUCCGAAAAUGACCAAUCAGGAUCUGAUUUAUUGAACCAAUUAAUCCAAGUCAAUUCUGCCUUGGAAAACGGUGAGGUGCUUAAUUAUCAAUGCCACUGUGUCUGUUGGGGCCUCGGUCACAUUGGGACUUACUCUUUUGGAGAAUCGUUAAUAUUUUGCCCAUGUUUUGAGAGUAGGGAGAUUUCUCAACGCUAUAUAAAAGAAAUAUCAAGAGAAUUGAACAUAAGGGAUCCGUACUUUUUGUUGUACCACCCAGAACUACACCCGACUCAUCGGAGUGUCCUCCUAGAUUGGGUUGCCGAAGUUUGUAAGACAUACAGCCUUCAGAGGACUACAUACUAUCUGUCUAUAUAUUUGGUAGACAGUUAUUUGCAGCUGACGACAGACAAGCCGAGACGGUCGCUUCAGACACUCGGUGCUGCGAGCAUAUUUUCAGCCAGCAAGAUCAUAGAGGUCAACAGCGUCACCAUAGACCAAAUACUACUCUCCACCAGUUAUUCAUGCAGCGCCGAUGAACUUAUCAAAAUGGAAAUGGAAGUGCUCAAAACAAUCGAGUGGGAGUAUUCAGCAUUGGGACCCAUCGGUUGGCUAUACAUCUACUUGCACACCAUAAACUACAGAUUGACUUCAGAAGAGUUCACUCUGGUCACAAACUUGUUGGACAUUUGCAACAUGGACGUCGACUCUCACCAGUUUACCAGCCCGGCUCUGGCCUCGGCCGCUUUACAUCUGGUCGUCAAGGAGUCCCCAAUACCAAAUUCUUCGAGACUGGACGAUUCUUGUUCUGUUUGGAUGUAUCCUUAUUACAUCCAGCUUAUGAAAUUUCCAGAAGCAAGGGAAAUCCCAGAAAAUAAAUCUGAACUGGUUUGUCCUAUAAUGAAGAAGUUUUCCUUAGAACAGCACUAUUUUAACAAUUUACGAAUCUAUAAUGAGAUCUCUACUAGAUUAUCAAGACAUUUGUAGAAAAAAGACUGUAAAUUUAAUGUAAAGUUGUUUAUCCCAAUGCAUUGUUUAAUAUAUUUUGUUUUAUAAAAUAUA